UGCGUGAGCAGACAUCGCACCGGCAGAGUUUGUGCGUGACAUGAAGACGAGAAGAGCUCGAGCUGUGGCCUUGGUCGCAAGCAGUCGGUGCGUGUUCUGCCUUUAUCCCGUGGAAAUGAACGAGGUCGCAGAUUGACACGGUAAUGACCAGCCCCUUUACCUGUCUGUUACCCGUUACCAUGGAGACCACCGCUUCACCAUAGAGGAGGAUAUUCCUCAACCAAUCAGAGUGGAGUCCAGUUUCGACCAGAAGGAGUCUAAAGUAUUUCCCAACAUACACAGCUUCUCUCUGGCACUCCUUAUUGGUAACGUGGCAAUGGCCCGUCCUUGACUUCCACAGCAGGAGGAGGAAGUCCACAUUUGUAUUAUUUUUGGCUUGCCACCACUCUUCACAAUGGAGAGGAACUUUACUCUCAUGAAGCAUAGUAGUUCUUGACCAAACUGGACAUCAUCAGGACACAUCAUCAAGACAUUUUCUUUGUUAACAAAUUAACCAAUAAGAUGAUCUGGAUCAUCUUGGCCCUGCCUGUAUGGGCGUGGCGUGGGACUGUUGGCGAUGCCCAGUCUAACGAGCGGCGAGUCGUGGCACACAUCCCCGGUGACAUCAUCAUAGGAGCCCUGUUCUCUGUCCAUCACCAGCCGACAGCGGACAAGGUACACGAACGUAAAUGCGGCUCGGUGCGUGAGCAGUACGGUAUCCAGCGUGUUGAGGCCAUGCUGCACACUCUAGACCGUAUCAACGCUGACCCCCGUAUCCUCCCCAACAUCAGCCUGGGCUGUGAGAUAAGAGACUCCUGCUGGCACUCUGCUGUGGCCCUGGAGCAGAGCAUUGAGUUCAUACGAGACUCCCUGGUGUCCUCCGACGAGGCCGAGGUGGGGGGAGGCAGUGUGUGGGGGGGCGGCGGGGGAGGAGCCGACGGGAGGGGAGGGCCGAGGUGUGCGGACCCCGCUGCAACCCCCAUGCGGGGGAAGAAGCCCAUCGUCGGGCUGAUAGGACCAGGCUCCAGCUCUGUGGCCAUCCAGGUCCAGAACCUCCUACAGCUCUUCAACAUACCCCAGAUCGCCUACUCUGCUACCAGCAUGGACCUCAGUGACAAAAGUUUGUAUAAGUACUUUAUGAGGGUGGUGCCAUCGGAUGCUCAGCAGGCCAGAGCCAUGGUGGACAUUGUCAAGAGAUACAACUGGAGCUACGUCUCUGCCAUCCACACGGAGGGUAACUACGGGGAGAGUGGGAUGGAGGCGUUCAAGGAUAUGGCUGCCAAGGAGGGCAUCUGCAUCGCCCACUCUGGUAAGAUCUGGAGCAACGCAGGGGAGAAGAGUUUUGAUAGGCUGCUGGAGCGUCUCAGAGCCCACCUGCCCAAGGCCAGGGUGGUAGCCUGUUUCUGUGAGGGCAUGACAGUCAGGAACAUCCUCAUGGCCAUGAGACGACAGGGCCUGGUGGGGGAGUUCCUACUGGUCGGCAGGUCAGUGGACACUGGAACUGCAGAGAUACACACAAACACAUACUGAUACGCACACACGACACUGUACACAU